GUGCACUAUGAUUGGCGGUGGUCGGAGAAUCUGACCAGUCAUAGGAAGCCGUGAGAUCUGUGCCCUAUCGACCACUUUAACUUGAUUCGCCGCCCUAUCGUCCAAUAAUGAAUGCUCUCCGCUGACGAUAGCCCAUCAACAAAUUAGACCCCUGAGGGAGUUUGCCAAUUGCCCCCAAGGCUGAACAGAUAUCGAUGUUGGGUUUUUGAACUUACAACGCCUCCCAGUGUCGGUGGGUUGAGGAGGAUCGAAGGAACGGAGUUGAUCGGUCUUGUCCAUGACUCAUGUGCAUCCGAGAGUUGCCGGAGAAUGAUUGAGCAAUCGUCACAGUCUCCUUUGCAUUGCACAUAUCCGAAGAAGCGUGAAACCAGGUUCAAACGUCGCGAUGCCGCUCGUCAAAAUCGACAUGAUCAAAGGCGUUCGCAGCCCAGAGGAGAUCAAGAAGGUGGCAGAUGUGGUUCAAGACGUGAUGCUGAGCACCUUCAACGCACCUCCACGAGACCGGUAUCAGAUUGUAACGCAACAUGAGCCAUACGAGCUGAUUUGCGAAGACACAAACCUUGGACUGGCACGUACUGAGAACCUGGUCAUCAUUCAAAUAUUCCAACAAGGUCGAAAUACUGCCACGAAACAAGCAACGUACAAGGAACUGGCGAGGAAGUUAGAGGCUGAAUGCGGUGUGAAAGGAAACGACCUCAUCAUCAGUUGCGCGCAGAACACCAAAGAGGACUGGAGUUUUGGAAACGGGGUGGCACAAUUCUUGACUGGAGAGCUGUGAAGCAAGAUUAUAGAUUUCAUGAUCGAAGAGGAGCAACA